GGGGGGCAAACAGUGGAAAAGGGAGUUGAGCUUGUGAACAUGUUUCAUAAACAACAUUGUAACGAAGGGGUCCUGGGUCUGGAGGAUGCCGGAGUUAAUGCUACAAAUCAAGUUAGCUGCUGAUUAAUGAAACUAUUGAAUUUUGAGAUGCAGCCAGUCAGGUCAGCAGACAACCAAAUGAGUCUUCUGACCCUUACAAUCAAAUGAGGGCACAGAUGUGCUGCCGUACAUCUCGGCCUGGCAGACGCAUGUUCGCCGUUCAUUAUUAGCCGGGCUCGUUCUACAACCCAGAGUUUAAAAUUAGUCAUUUCCCAGUGGCAAGAGAAGCCAGCAGUGCCAUUACGGGCCCCAGGAGUCUCCUGAUCUACGUAAACAUGAUCAACAUGGGAGGGAAAAGGCAACACUAAUACCCAUUCGUCACGGGACUACACAGCAGUAAGUACUGUGCUAUUUUCAUUUGUACUGGCUCCUAAAAGCAUAGAGGUAACGUUUUUACAUAAUUGCUCAAUUUCAGACAGUCAGUAUGGAGCAAGUCAUAAUUUUGCCCAGAACCAAAUGUAGUACCAGGGAACAAAAACAGCGAAGGUCUAUAUAACACGUCCAAAUCCCACAAUCCUUGACCUUCUUUCAUGUAUCCAGUCAAAUGAGAUUUUGGUGUAGAAGAUGCAAAACAAUUCUUUACUUUCAGGAAUGUCUUUUUUUUGCAAAUCUCUGUUCCUAACACAUUUAGAGCUGCAACAAUUAGCUGAAUAAUCACAGAAUUAAUGCAGAGAAAAUUAAUUGCCAACCAUGAUAAUCGAUUCAUAUUUUCAGUCAUUUUUGAAUCAUUAAUGCUGUUGAUUUGUUCGUUCCAGCUUCUUAAAUGUCAGGAUUUGCUGCUUUUCUCUGUCAUUUAUGUUCGUUAAUGAAGAGGCUUUGGGACAACAAACAGCAAAUCAGGUCUGGCAAAUUGUGAUGAGCACGUUUUUUUGAUAUUCUAUAGAUUUAACAAUUAAUUGUGAUGCCUCUUAUCUUAAUCUGCAGAUACACAAAAUAAUAUGCGGCAUUAAAAUAUCUAAAAAUGACUCGAUCCUUCUUAUACAUUUUGCUGAGUUUGUACCGCUAUUAUCUCGAAUGUUUCGAAGAAUGUUCAAAAUCAGAGAAAUACGUAACUCUGCUCAAGGGAGCCUUUCAUCAGACAGAUUUUAAUCGGCAAUGGUGACAACGAAGACAACGACUCCAAUGAUCUCAUGCUCCUGACAUCAUUUGUCUUGUUGUGACUGAGAGACCCCAAGUGGCAGAUAGAUAACAAAAAUAAUUGUGACUUGCAGCCCUGAACACAUUUCAGCUGGUACCAAGAAAGAGUUGAGGCUUGACACCGAGGGCUAAUCAGGACAGCAGGACAUCGUCUCACACCUCAACAUGCUUCUAUAAUGUGGAUCUCAAGAAAAAGGAAAAGAGGAGAAGGGGUAAAAUCAUCAGAAAGUAAAUGUACUUAUGAAUGGAGUGGAGAGGAUUUAAAGCCAGCCAGAAUGUACCGAGACAGAAAGUAAAGUGGGGUCGACUGUACAUGGUGGACAAAGUUACCACCGCAAUCUUAUCAAAGACACACACACAUUCCUACGCAGACAGUCAGGCACAAAAAUACACACACUUGGCUACAAACGAGGUUGGACAGGCCACAGGGGUCGGCGUGGAUGAGGGGAACAGCGAGAGGGAGAGGCAGAAACACACACAGAGUUCAGUUGAGCCUGGGAAAAUCAGCCCUGUACCAAAAAAGUAACUGCACUGGGGGACUGUCUGGUGGAGCCAGAGCCACUUAGUGCUCGCUGGGGAUGAGACUGUUUGACAGAGACGGAGAGACGCGCAGUCAAACGCAGAGGGAAAAUUGAGAAAAAAUGAGCGAGGCGGAUAUAAAAUAGGAAGAAGUGAGGUGUGUUAGAGGGGAGAUUAUCAACAAGUCCAUCAAGAGGGAAAAGAUCUAGUUCUGCCAGCAGCUCUUUAGCUGUCAGGAAGCGGCGACUGAGUUUUGUCAAUGAAUGAAAAAUGAUGAAUUGAAUGAAGCGACGGGGGGAAGACACAGAACAGGAUGAGAAGCCGUGGCGCUGAAAGACCAAGUCCUUGCCGCCAGAAGAAAAGGAAGACAGAAAUAGUGUGAUAGAGGAGAUUCUAACAAGAUUUUUUCUGAACUAGCAAAUGUCUAAACCCUUAACAAGAUAGAAAACCCCUCAGAGAGACAGAACGAGGGAGAGACAGAGAGAGAGUGGGAGGAGGACUGUGACCAGUAGCACCAACCAAAAAAGGUUCCCGUGGCCACAGGGUUGAGCUUUGAGGGUGGACAUUAGAGGGAAAGGGGUUCCAGUCAACAACACUGGAGACUGAACAGGGAGAGGAAGAGAGGCACUGAAUAAGUCAAGCAGAGUUCCUGUACCAAGGGAACUGGACGGUCACAUGGGCAGCUAACUUCAACAGAAGGACGACCAAAGAACAAGACCACUAUUAGGAACGUUCACUAAAUGGGAAAUGUCAGUCCUACGUGUGACGCGGCGCCAUCCCUUUACAUUUUGAAGGAGCAGUGGAAAUGCUAUUGAAGUUCAUGAGUGAUCCAUUGCUUCAGCUGUGUGGUCCUUUCAAUCCCCCUGUGACUACGACAAACCACGUGUGAUGUCUGCUGGAGACCCACGGUAACUCUUCGGCGAGAAUUGGCUGAGACCAGGAACAUUUUAAAUUUCAGUAGGACCAUUUCCCAAGUCUGUGAGGCAACAACUUGUCAUUGUCUGUUCUUACAAUUUGGAACUUUGCUUUUAGUUGUAUCAGAUUUAAACGUUUUGACUUUGCUAAGAAACAACACAUUUUAAAGGGUUUAAACUGUUUUAAGUGCACAACUGGGACUACUCAGCAAAAGUUUUUUUAUGUUCUGUUUGGCUUUAGUACUGUCAGACAUAUUUGAAGUGUGGUCCCUUUAUUGUAGUAUGUGAUCAGCUUAGUCGGGGCUGGUUUAGGUUGCUGGAGGUCAGUCGGCAGUAAGUGCUCUUACAGUAACACACAUGCACGCUUGGAAUUAUUGUUGUCUGAGAGGAACCAUCACUUCCUUUGUUUGUGAGAAUGGAAUUCAUGACAUCGGAGGAGGAGUAAAUAUUGAGACUUCCAGCUAACCAAUGCUCAUCUAAGAAGCAGGUACGUCCAAAUUGCAUUUUUGGCACUCCCACAACUGCUGUCUUAAGUCUUAAGAGACGUUUACACAGUGCUACCCAGUAUAUAAAUAUCAGUACAUCCUUUACUUCUGGAGAAGAAAAAUCUUAUGAAGGGAAGUUCCAUAUCAUCUUUGGCAUCACCUUCACUGAACUUCCACUGGAUAAGGAAUUCCUGAACUUUCUGUUCUGAGAGGGAUUCAGACCGGUGGAGCCAUGCUGAGAGGCCUGUUUCAGAGGAAACCUAAACAUGAGAGGCUGGAGGAGGAACCCGAGGUCAGAUUCAAAGGCCUGAUGGUGUCAGAGAAAGACCUGGGAUACACAUAUGUCCGACCUGGAGGCUCCGACUACUCUCCUCCUCCCCCCCUUCCUCGGCCUCCUCCCCCCGGCCUGACUAAUGAGCACAGUGGCGGUGUUAGCCACGUCGACCAUGAUGGAGGAGGGGGCGGGGUCAACCACGGGGUUGGAGUGGUGGGCCUGGCCCCGGAGCACAUCCCCACACCGGGGGCAGCCCUGAGCUGGCAGGCGGCCAUCGACGCUGCGCGGCAGGCGAAGAUGAUGGGCAAUGCCGCAGCGAGUGGAGUCGCAGGGCUUGGGUCGGGAGGGGGCGGGCCCAUCUCCACGGCCAGCUCCACGCAAAGGAAGAGACAACACUAUAGCUCUAAGCCCAAGAAACAGACAACGACAACAGCCACAAGGCCGCCACGAGCCCUGCUUUGUCUCACGCUCAAGAACCCCAUCCGCAGGGCCUGCAUCAGCAUCGUAGAGUGGAAACCAUUUGAGAUCAUCAUUCUGAUGACCAUUUUCGCCAACUGUGUGGCCUUAGCCGUCUACAUCCCCUUCCCCGAGGAUGACUCGAACGCCACCAACUCCAACCUGGAGCGUGUGGAGUAUCUGUUCCUCAUCAUUUUCACGGUUGAGGCAUUCCUGAAGGUAAUAGCCUACGGCCUGCUCUUCCACCCCAACGCCUACCUGAGGAACGGCUGGAAUCUGUUGGAUUUCAUCAUCGUAGUCGUAGGGUUAUUCAGUGCGAUCUUGGAGCAGGCCACUAAGGGGGACGGCGCCACUCCUAUUGGAGGGAAGGCGGCAGGCUUCGAUGUCAAGGCUCUGAGGGCAUUCAGAGUACUCAGACCUCUCAGAUUGGUCUCUGGAGUACCCAGUUUACAGGUAGUGUUGAACUCCAUAAUCAAAGCCAUGGUUCCCCUGCUCCAUAUCGCCCUGCUGGUCCUCUUUGUCAUCAUCAUCUACGCCAUCAUCGGCCUGGAACUCUUCAUGGGCAAGAUGCACAAGACCUGCUAUAACGACCAUGCAGUCAUUUCAGAGGAAAAGCCAGCACCGUGUGCACCUGACGGAGCUUAUGGCCGACACUGUGACAAUAAUGGAACAGUGUGCAAAGUGGGUUGGGAGGGCCCAAACGACGGCAUCACAAACUUCGACAACUUUGCCUUCGCCAUGUUGACGGUGUUCCAGUGUAUAACCAUGGAGGGCUGGACGGACGUGCUGUACUGGAUGCAGGAUGCUAUGGGCUAUGAGCUGCCAUGGGUCUAUUUUGUCUCUCUCGUCAUCUUCGGCUCCUUUUUCGUUCUCAAUCUCGUUCUGGGGGUGUUGAGCGGAGAGUUUUCCAAGGAGAGGGAGAAGGCCAAGGCACGAGGUGACUUUCAGAAACUCAGAGAAAAGCAGCAACUGGAGGAGGACCUCAAGGGCUAUUUAGACUGGAUCACUCAGGCUGAAGACAUUGACCCAGAGAAUGAAGAGGAGGGCAUGGACGAUGACAAACCUAGAAACCUGAGCAUGCCAGCAAGUGAGAAUGAAUCAGUCAACACAGACAACGCCCCCGGGGGAGACGUGGAGGGGGAGACCUGCUGUACCCGGCUAGCAAAUAGGAUCUCCAAAUCCAAGUUCAGCCGAUACUCUCGGAGGUGGAACAGGCUGUGUAGGAGAAAGUGCCGGGCGGCGGUCAAAUCACAGGUUUUCUAUUGGCUGGUCAUCUUCUUGGUUUUCCUCAACACUCUGACCAUCGCCUCUGAACAUCACCAGCAGCCUCAGUGGCUAACUGAUGUACAAGACAUAGCUAACAAGGUGUUGCUAGCACUCUUCACUGGUGAGAUGCUGUUAAAGAUGUACAGUCUGGGUCUGCAGGCAUACUUUGUCUCGCUCUUCAAUCGCUUUGACAGCUUCGUCGUGUGUGGAGGAAUUCUUGAGACCAUUCUGGUGGAAACCAAGAUCAUGUCUCCUCUCGGCAUCUCUGUGUUACGUUGCGUACGCUUGCUAAGAAUCUUCAAAAUAACCAGAUACUGGAACUCCCUGUCCAACCUGGUGGCCUCCCUGCUAAACUCAGUACGCUCCAUCGCUUCCCUGUUGCUCCUGCUCUUCCUCUUCAUCAUCAUUUUCUCCCUGCUCGGUAUGCAGCUCUUUGGAGGGAAAUUCAACUUUGACGAGACCCGACGCAGCACCUUUGACAACUUCCCCCAGUCUCUGCUCACAGUGUUUCAGAUUCUAACAGGUGAGGACUGGAACUCUGUGAUGUAUGAUGGUAUCAUGGCAUACGGUGGACCGUCCUUUCCCGGCAUGUUGGUCUGCAUCUACUUCAUCAUCCUCUUCAUCUGCGGAAACUAUAUCCUCCUGAAUGUCUUCUUGGCCAUCGCUGUGGACAAUCUGGCAGAUGCUGAGAGCUUGACAUCCGCCCAGAAAGAAGAAGAAGAGGAGAAGGAGAGGAAAAAGCUGGCCAGGUUGGCCAGUCCAGAGAAGCGUCAUAACAGCGAGAAACCACCUCUGGAGGAGGAGAAGAAGGAGAAGAUAGAGCUCAAGUCCAUCACAUCUGAUGGCGAGACCAACACUGCUAUUAAGAUUAACAUGGAUGAGUACUGUGGAGAUGAGAGUGAAGAGAAGAACCCAUAUCCUGCCAAUGAUUAUAUAGGAGACGAUGACGAUGAUGAGCCAGAGAUGCCUGUGGGCCCGAGGCCACGGCCACUGUCCGACAUCCAACUGAAGGAGAAGGCCAUUCCCAUGCCUGAGGCCCGCGCUUUCUUCGUCUUCAGCCACACCAACAAGUUCAGGGUUCUGUGCCAUAAGAUCGUCAACCACAACAUCUUCACCAACCUCAUCCUCUUCUUCAUCCUGCUCAGCAGUAUUAGUCUGGCAGCAGAGGACCCGGUCAAGAAUGACUCUUUCAGAAACCAGAUCCUUGGCUAUGCGGACCAUGUCUUUACUGGACUCUUCACCAUAGAGAUCAUUCUGAAGAUGACAGCCUAUGGAGCCUUCCUCCAUAAAGGUUCAUUCUGUAGGAACUAUUUCAAUAUUCUGGACUUGGUGGUGGUCAGUGUGUCCCUCAUCUCCUCUGGAAUACAGUCCAGUGCAAUUAAUGUGGUGAAGAUCCUGAGAGUUCUGCGAGUGCUCAGACCGCUGAGGGCUAUCAACAGAGCCAAGGGACUAAAGCAUGUUGUGCAGUGCGUGUUUGUAGCCAUCAGGACCAUCGGCAACAUUGUCAUCGUCACCACGUUGCUCCAGUUCAUGUUCGCCUGUAUUGGAGUACAACUCUUUAAGGGCAAGUUCUUCUCCUGUACCGACACCUCUAAACAGACUCAGGCAGAAUGCAAGGGUUCCUUCAUUAUGUAUAAGGAUGGAGAUGUGGGGAAGCCCGAAAGAGCCCAGAGAAUGUGGGAGAACAGUGACUUCAAUUUUGACGAUGUCCUGCAAGGCAUGAUGGCCCUGUUCGCUGUGUCUACCUUUGAGGGUUGGCCAGGGUUACUGUACAAGGCCAUAGACUCUCAUGCUGAGGACAUCGGCCCCAUCUACAACUACCGUGUGGUCAUCUCCAUCUUCUUCAUCAUCUACAUUAUCAUCAUUGCCUUCUUCAUGAUGAACAUCUUCGUUGGUUUCGUCAUUGUAACAUUCCAAGAGCAAGGAGAGCAAGAAUAUAAGAACUGUGAGCUGGACAAGAACCAGCGGCAGUGUGUCGAGUAUGCUUUGAAGGCCCGUCCAUUACGUCGCUACAUCCCCAAGAACCCUUACCAGUACAAGGUGUGGUAUGUGGUCAACUCCACCUAUUUUGAGUACCUGAUGUUCACACUCAUCCUUCUCAACACCAUCUGUCUGGCCAUGCAGCAUCAUGGACAGACCAAGAAUUUCAAUGAUGCCAUGAACAUCCUCAACAUGCUCUUCACUGGACUCUUCACUGUGGAGAUGAUCCUUAAGCUGAUCGCCUUCAAACCCAGGGGGUACUUUAGUGAUCCCUGGAAUGUGUUUGAUUUCCUCAUCGUAAUUGGCAGCAUAAUAGACGUCAUUCUCAGUGAGAUCAACCCAGCUGACUCCUCCUCGUCCUCGUCCUCCUCCUCUUCGUCCUCCUCCUCCUCCUCUUCCUCCUCUCACCCCCCUGCGGUAAGGCCAAUGGUACGCUCCGACGGUAACCUCGCCCGCCUCCCCACCUCCUCCGCCAUCCCUCCAUCCUCCCAUCCUUCCAUCCCUCCUUCUGCUACGCCAUCCAUGGGACUGCAGAACUCUGAAGAGAACGCCAGGAUCUCCAUCACCUUCUUCCGGCUGUUCCGCGUGAUGAGGCUGGUGAAGCUGCUGUCUCGCGGGGAAGGGAUUCGGACCCUGCUGUGGACCUUCAUCAAAUCCUUCCAAGCACUGCCCUACGUAGCUCUGCUUAUAGUGAUGCUAUUCUUCAUAUACGCUGUCAUCGGCAUGCAGAUGUUUGGUAAGAUAGCGCUGCGGGACCACACGCAGAUCAACAGGAACAACAAUUUCCAGACGUUCCCUCAGGCAGUGCUGCUGCUCUUCAGAUGUGCAACAGGUGAGGCGUGGCAGGAGAUCAUGCUGGCAUGCACGCUCAAUCGGCCAUGUGAGAAAGGAUCGACCAAUGAGAACAGCUCGGCCACCGAGGACUGUGGCAGCCAGUUUGCCAUCAUUUACUUUGUCAGCUUCUACAUGCUCUGUGCCUUUCUGAUCAUCAACCUGUUUGUGGCCGUCAUCAUGGACAACUUUGACUACCUGACACGUGAUUGGUCGAUCCUGGGGCCGCAUCAUCUUGAUGAAUUCAAGAGGAUCUGGGCUGAAUAUGACCCAGAAGCUAAGGGAAGGAUAAAGCACCUGGACGUGGUGACUCUGCUGCGGAGAAUCCAGCCUCCCCUCGGCUUUGGAAAGCUCUGUCCACACAGGGUCGCCUGCAAGCGUCUGGUGUCAAUGAACAUGCCUCUGAACAGUGAUGGAACAGUGAUGUUCAACGCCACGCUGUUCGCCCUGGUCAGGACUGCACUCAGGAUCAAGACAGACGGUAACCUGGAGCAGGCCAAUGAGGAACUGAGGGCAAUAGUGAAGAAGAUCUGGAAGAGAACCAGCAUGAAGCUGUUGGAUCAAGUAGUGCCCCCUGCUGGUGAUGAUGAGGUGACAGUUGGGAAGUUCUAUGCUACCUUCCUCAUCCAGGAAUAUUUCCGCAAGUUUAAGAAGAGGAAAGAACAAGGGCUGGUGGCCAAGGUGCCCCCCAAAACUGCCCUCUCGCUGCAGGCGGGCCUGCGGACGUUGCAUGACAUCGGUCCAGAGAUUCGGAGGGCCAUCUCUGGAGACCUGACCGUGGAGGAGGAGCUGGAUAAAGGCUUGAAAGAGCCUGUGUCGGCUGCAUCCGAGGAUGAUAUCUUCAGGCGUACGGGCGGGUUGUUCAGCAACCAUGUCAACUACUACAACCAGAGCGAUGGCCGCAGUUCCUUCCCACAGUCCUUCACUACCCAGCGUCCCUUGCACAUCAGCCAGAAGGGCUCCCCUUGCGAAGGUGAAAGUCCGUCCCACGAAAAGCUCAUGGACUCGACCACUUUCACCCCGUCCUCUUACUCUUCAUCUGGCUCCAACGCCAACAUCAACAACGCCAACAACACCGGCAUGGCCGGGGUGGCGACCCAGGGAAUCAGUCGGUUCCCAAGCCCGUCCAUAAGUACUGUGGACGGGCACACAGGACAGCCGCUCACCCCCAUCCUGCUACCAAGAUCAGCAUGGUGCUUUCCUCCAAAGAGGACGUGUUUUUAUGACACCCUCAUGCGCUCGGACUCAAGUGACAGCCGUCUGCCGAUCAUCCGAAGGGGCGAGGGGUCAACAGAGGAGACGUACGAUGAGAGCUACGCUGACGACAGGGAGUAUCAUGAGGACGACCACUCGCUCUCCUCUGACAUGCUGGUGUAUCAUGAUGACACAUGUAAGCAGCUGACUCCCAUGGAGGGAGGAGAGGAGGUAGAAGACAGAAGAGGAGGCGGAGGGUGGCAGUCUCCCAGGAGAGUCUUCCUCUGCCCCACUUCUCUGGGGCGGAGAUCAUCUUUCCACCUGGAGUGUCUGAGGAGACAGUCAAGGCCAGACGUCUCCCAGAAGACGGCCGUACCCUUACACCUUGUACAUCAUCAGGCUCUGGCAGUCGCAGGGUUGAGUCCUCUGUUAAGAAGGAGUCACUCACCUACCCUCUUCAGCCGGCUGUGCUCCACGCCUCCAGGCAGUCCCACAGCCCAUGGCAGUGAUGCCUCCUACCAGCGAGUGCCCUCUCUGAGGCUAGAGGGCUCAAACUCUCAUGAAAAGCUCAAUACCAGUUUGCCCUCUGUCAACUGUGGGCCCUGGUACAGCGACAGUAAUGGGAACAGCAGGGUGCCCAGUCCUAGCCCCAGUGUGUCAGUUUCCAAUCCAAGACCACAGCGGCCGGUGUCGCUCACAGUGCCCUCACUGCUGGGAAAAGACUCCAGCUCACUGUGUCACGGCAGCGCAGGCAGUCUGGUGGAGGCGGUGCUAAUAUCAGAGGGUUUGGGUCAUUUCGCCCAGGAUCCGUCGUUCAUUGAGGUGACCAAAGCCGAGUUGGCUGACGCCUGCGACAUGACCAUUGAGGAGAUGGAGCACGCAGCCAACAACAUUCUCAACGGCAGCAGCGCCACAAACGCCACAUCAAGCACCUCCUCCACCUCCCAGCACAGCCCCAAUGGCAACCUCCUCCCCUUCCACACAGCAGCAGCAGCAGCAGCAGCAACGCACAGGGACCAAGUGGUCAGCGAGGGCGGGGAAGAGGCCGGUGGAAGCAGAGGUUCCAUCCACGGCCCGUCCUCAGUGGAGGAGCGGCAGGAGCUGCUAGCAGGGGGGAGGGGACGAGAAGAGGAGGAGGAAGAGGCGGAAGCGAAGGAGGAGGGGCACCACAGAAGCUCGCUUGUGAUUGGAGGAGCGCGGCAGAGGAACAGCGGGCUGUUGGAGGACGAGGAUAAUGAGUGUGUGACGAGUUUGUAGGAGUCGGCUUGACGGGUUCGAUCGGCCGACCGGCCCCUCUGACAUCAUCAGAGACUGACGCUUGUCAGUGCUGGGUUACAGCGCCGCAGCUGGCUCUGUCUGUCCCCGCCCCUCACACACACAUAAACACACACACACACACACACACUGUCUGCCUCUCUGCCAGACGUAACCGUUCUGGACAUUGGCGGCCAGUGACGCAACCUUAAACACCUGGUUAUGACUUUGUUGGUUUCUAUGAGUUUGUAUGUGUGUGAAUAUUUGUAGUAAAGUAUACCACACUAUACUCUAUAAUAUCUGAGUGUAUGCUCGUGUGUGUGAUCUAUGAUUUUCUCUAUUUGUACGUGUACGUGAGUGCGUGUGUUCUCCACACGUGUCUGAGUGUGUCUCUAAAGUGCCUCACAGUUUUAUCAUGUCCUCAAAGUGUGAAGAGCAGAAAAGUAGAGACAAGCAAAAAACAUGCAAGGGGAAAGCAGGGAUGAAGGAAAGGUAGAGAGGAAAUACCAGAAGCAGGAUGUCCUUUUAUGGAUUUCCUGCCGUUGACAUAAUGUGUUAAUUGUUUUCAUUUCCUCUGCCUACUUUGGUGUUGUGUUAUUGUUGUUUGUCUGGCCGCCAUGAAGCCAGGUAGGGGACAGCAGACCAGCUCGUGGGGGGGGGUCUGUUAAGGAUUCAAACCUGACCGUACCCACUUGAGGUCAAAGGUCAACUCCUCCUUCUUGGUUCACUGAUGAUGAAGCGCUGUAUUGAGUAAACGGGGGCGAGGAAAACCCUGUUUGAAAUCUCAUUUCUCUUCCUCUUCCAAAGCUAAGGAACCUUGGAGCACAGCCCUGCCAGCCUGGGGGUGGGAUUAAGGUGACACGCCACCCCUAGCCAAGGGGGGGAAGGAUUUGAGGGACGGACCAACAGCCACAACAGGGCUGCUGUAGGGGGCCACGGGCAGAGAGAGACACUCUCUGGCCAACAGGAAGCUAGCCAGCUCUUUCAUUCGCUGGUCGAUAAGAUGCCAGCGAGAGACAAACUCAACUCGUCCGUCACCUUGAUCUGGCUUUGCCUCCUUCACCGCUUUUACUUGUUUGGCCACACCCACUUCCUGCCCCAAACAGGAAAUGGGAGGAGCAUUUGGUGGCUAAGCAGCGACAGCAAGCCCUCUAAUUCUGCCUCAUACCUCGCCGUUCCUCACUCCUCCCUCUCUCCUUCCUCCCUCCUCUUUGGUUUUUCCACCAUCACGUCUCCCUCCAUCGCUGGGUUUUUGCUUUUUCAGCCCUCGGGAGGCGAGUGUGUCGAACAGGGCAACAGAGACGGAGGGUGGAGGAGAGAACGGGAGUGACCGAUUGAAAAGAAAACAGACUCUGGGCAUGGAUCUACAGAGGAUCUGUCCGUCAAUCAACCUCACUUCCUUCUCCGAGACCCUCCUCUUCCUCUCAGCGUGAAAUCCUAUUGGAUUUGCUGCCACACACUCUCUCUACAGACCACGCCCACUAUGUAUUUAACAGUUCAAUAUUGUGCAAAACUGGCUAGCCAUGACUAUUUUGUUUUAUAUUCAUGAUGUUAUUGGUUUAAUUUAUCCUUGAUUUGUUUGCACAAUCGGGGUGCUGGUCUUAUAAAUGUAUUUUUGCUCGGUUUAUUUUAGGAGAAUUUUAAGAGGUUUUAAGUAUCGAAGCAGGGCGUAGUGUUUGCGUGCGAGUGUAUAACUAUAUUUGUGCGUGCGGGUGUGCGUCUGCGUUUUAGUACAGGACGUGUGUGUAUGUGUGUGUGUGCGCGCGAAUGUGUGAGAUAGCGUGUAUCUAAAAGGGGGGUCUUUCUCUCUAUCAGUAUGCACCUUUUACAGAUUGUAUCUAUUUAUUUAUUUAUUUUUCCCAGAAGAGAAAAAAAUGUGCGUGAGGAUGUACGUCUGUGUGUGCGUGCGCGUGUGCCUGUGUCCGAGUGGUUACUUAUGUAUUCUAAAAAGCUGAUUUUAAGCCUAGACAGUAAAUUAAGGUAGCAUUACAAGUAUGGUAUUGUGUGUGUGUGUGUGUGUGUGUGUGUGUGUGUGUGUGAGAGAGAGAGAGAGGGAGAGAGAGGGUGUGUGUCUGUGUGCGUGUGUGUGAGUGAUAAUGGGCCUCCUUAACACAGGGUUACCAUGGACAGGCAUGCUUCCAAAGCUUUGUGGUUUCUUUAGCACGGUUUUUACUUUUUAGCCAAGCUGCAGAGUCAGAAGCUACUCUAUCUUUGAAAAUCAGUCAUUUCAUAACUUUUUGUUCAUUUUUCCGUAUAGAGGUAGUUAGGCGUAAGGUCUCCAGCGAGGUCAGAGCGACGGUCAACGUUUACAGCUGUGAUGAGUUUCGGCGUUGCAGCUUGAAGGUAACAAGCCUUUUUGGCGUUUGCUGCUUUUACUUCUUGACGAUGGACGGUCGCUCUGAACGGUAGAAGCACCAAAUUCGCACUGCCACAGUGACGCCUCGUGAACUGAACUGGGGGUAUGACGCCCCCCGAUCACUCGGCUGUAACACACCGUAAUUACAAUGAGUUUGUCAUUUAAUCAUAGUUUCAACUCCAAAUGAACUAUUAGGGCUGGUGUACAGAUGCUGCAAGACUUCUGAAUCACAUCUCUUUGUCUGAGGUCUGCUCAUAUCACAAAACAUGAUGAUUUAUUGUUGAUUUUUUUUUUUUUUUUUUUUUUUGUCAUUGUUAGAAAUAAAAGAUUUCCCUGUCUGUAAUCAUUGUACUACAGACAGGGAAUUGAUAAGAUGUGUUUGGGUGACGUGAUAAAUUCUUGGACACAGAUCAGGAAAGUGUCAUCUUGGAAGUUGUGUCCCGGCUGAUCCCCUGGUGUGAUUUCUGUCUUUUCAUUUUCUCUUUAGGGAUUUUUUGGUAGCAUGCUGACAACUUUUUAUCGACCUUUCUCUAGUAUGGCACAGGUAUGAUCCUCAGGCCUCAGUACAUUACACAGGGCACAGGUCUCUCUUUGUAUCUUCUCCAAAAAAAAACAUUCCUAAUGUCAGUAUCACACCCUUGUUACCAGUAUUCACAUUUAUUAAAUGACUUACUAAUAUUUCAAGCUGAAGUUAUUUAAAUAAGCGCUCAAACUUUGGAGGAAAAAACACAAUUGUAAUCACCAAAAUCCCAAUGCAAAGUCAAGUAGACGCUAGGAUAGUCUGUAUCUUACCAUACUAGUGCUCCCAUGCAGAUACAUCUCAGUUAUAAAUUUACAUUAGCAUUAAAAACAGUUUCUUCAAACUCUUUACUAGCCCGGAAAUCUAAAUAUGUUCAAGUAACAGUUCUGUAAUUCCAUAAAUUGUCUCAAUUAAAAUGUCACUUUAAUACACAAUGAAUUCCCACCCAGAAACGCCACCACAUGUCACCUUACAGCCAUGAGUUUUCCCUUUGAGUUACCACGAAGGACUAACUGCUGAGCUCUCAUUCCCACGUGUUAAGCAGAGCAGGUUUGUGGCAGGGAAGGGUAUGCAUGAACACACUGCCAUACACUGCAUCCUGUGCCAGUAACAGACUUCUGACAUUAUUAUGCAAACUAAAUGUGAAUGUUGAACGUGUUUUAAGUGGCAGUGCUAAUUGUUGUUUUUGUGGUUCUGAUCAUACAAACCCCGAAGAAGUCUGUGUUGUCAAAGGAAAUACCCUUCCUGACAUUUUUUUUUUCCUUCAUAAGAUAUCUUCAGCAUUUCAUUCUUUCUUUCAGUUGUUCUAAAAGCACCUCAUUUAAAUAGUCCUUUUAUUUAAAUAACGUGAUACCAUAAGCUCAGUUUCAGUAUAAGCUGCUUCUUUUCAGUCGGACUUUGAAGUCUAAAGGUUAUGAAGGCAGAUUUAGGAAUGGUCAAGCAUGUUAAUGUGUGUGCAGGGAAGCAUCUGGGUUCAGCGUUUUGAUCUUGAGGUUAGGACGUUUUUGUUUUGGAUUCCACACCUUGCUGCAUCGGCCCUGGUAAAGUUUAUUAAAUUCCCCUCCUGGAACGUGGACAUUCAGCAACCCCUCCAUUUUUGUGAAUAAAAGACAAUACAUGAUAGUCACGUGCACUCUGAAGCUAGAUUCAGUCCCUAAUUCACGUUCAGUGAGACAUUAUAGACGUGCACGCUCCUACAGAGUAACUCUGCGUAUCAGAAGUGCCAAACCAGGCAGUGUUGUGUCUGUUUGGAGGCUCUUUGGUGUCAGGUGAUUCUGUCAGAGGCCUGUGGUGCCCUCGUGUGGAGUGGAGCAGCAUUGCAGUUGUUGUUUUUUUUAUGUUCCAUGUAGGUUAGCGUGAACUCUGAGGUGUUGUUUGGCAGUGUACGGUUUGAGUGGAUGUAAACCUGCAUCCCACAAGAUAUGCAAAAACAAUGCAAUAACUAUGACUGUAUACUAGGUUCCCGAAGUAAAUGUACUUGUGAAAGUGAAAAAAAAAAUAUCAUGCCAAUGUUUUUUUGUUUUGUUUAGUUUUUUCUUUUCUGUUUGUUACACUUGUAAGUAAACUCAGUGGUUUCCAUGCCAGAGAAACCUAACAUACUUGAAAUCAGGUACAUUGCAGUGCAGUAUAGUAAAGAUGUAUUUAUUUAUCUUGAUCGUGGCAGGGUGUCAGAUUCGCGCCUGCGGUCGGAGGCACGUGUCGAGACAGCGAGGUGAGGUGUCCCUUUUCUCUCGUUUAUUUCCAGUCAGUUCUUUUAAUGGAUUGAGCUACAGUAUGUGGGCGUUACCAUCAGUAUUGCAUGAGGUUCACAUGUUUGACGUUGAGCGUGCCAGGUAUUGCGGUCGUUUUUUUGUUUUUAGCAUAUCGCAUUAUGACAGAGUAGCUAUUUCUAUUUAGUGUACAUAUGAUUAAAGUCAGUAUUUUUUUUCUCUACACACACAUCUGACUGUGGACAGCAGUGGAGCGGUAUUUGGAUGGUGAUUUUGCAUAUCUUGUGUCUUAUGGGCUCAUUCUCUGAGAAGGAUAGAGCUCGUGUUUAUAUGAUUAUUGAGAAGCUGAGAGAAAAAGAGAUCUAAAGUAUUCUGACUCCCCAGUUUAAGACAGGCAUCGCUACUUCUUUGCCUACGUGUUGCCAUAGUCUCUGUCUUCGACUUCUAUCUUUUCUCCUCGUCUGACAUGUAGAAAAUGGACCAGUGGAAAUAAUUCAGAUGAAAUGGACCGAAUAACCCAAAACUGGUGGAUGAUACUGGACGAACACACAGGCAGGAGCCAACACAUUCACACUUUGUAGCUUAGUAGCUUUAUUCAAGCUCAAAGUGGACAGAAUGCAUGAAAAAGUCAAUGAUCGUUUAAAACCAGAGAUUUGUCCCACUUCCAUACUACACACUAAUUCUGAGCAGGUUUGAAGUAUUAGUCUUUUCAAACUUAAAUGACAAAAUCAGUCAAAGCAGUCCUGACGACCCAAAAGCUGCAAAAAAUGAGAGUAACCUUUACUCCCCAUUUGUUUUAGUCUUGAAGUCUUGAAGAAAAUUGAUGGUAGAAAUAUAUGCAGCAGAUAUCCUGAUGUGUAGCCCCUAGUAUGGGUAAAGCUUCAAAUAUGUCGGAAACUAUAUUUCUAAUAUUCCAACAAAUGAUAUCUCAUUUUUAUGCUGCAUUUCAAUUAAAGUUGGAUGUCGUAAUUUCCAACUUCUGACCUUCCAAAGUGUUCCAGGUGCUUGACGCCAAAAAUUAACCAAAAGUUGGAUGACAGGAACAAAACCAUGUCUCCCUCAGCAGUGCAGCGACUCACGGAAAAUGACGUGUGAGUUAACAGACGCCAUUAUACAUUUAAUGGUUAAAGACAUUGUAUGUAUUGCAUCAUCUCUUGUUAGUAUGCUGAUUUCUUGUAUACGCACAGCACAAACAUACCACUAACGCAGUGUGUCGUAUGGAUUUGGAACAUCCCUGUUGUGUCUGUUAGUAACGAGUAAAUCUCCACCUGCAGCUAGUUAAACUAAAACUACACCCCUCUGCCAUAAAGAAAUUCAAGUUAUUUCCUCGAGUGAAAGCAAAGAUAGAGAGAGAAUGAAGGCCUGGUUUAUUGACGGAUGACAAUCUAGUAGAUGGUUGACGACAGAGGGAAAGCAGCGGGUGUUUUGUCUGGAUGGAGAGUAAUUUUUGGUUUUAUUUCAUCAUGUUUGAAGGUCUGACAUGGUGAACUAUAUAUCCAAGUAACGUUUCUUGUGCAUGGGUUUCUCUCUCUAAGGAUAUAAAGUAUUGGUCCUAUGUGAAUGAUAAUAUCUUUUGUCUCACCACUAGCCAAUGAUUGUAUAUUUUUAUAUACUGUAUACCAUACUAUAGCAAGAUAUAUAUGAAUAUAUAGUAUUUAAUCACCAGAAUGUUAGAGUAAGGAAAAAGGCAGGACACUUAUUUGGGAAUGUAGUUAUUGAAUACUGGUUAUGAAAAAUGUGCUAUAUAUGCCUACUGACUGAGGGUCAGUAUGAAUUUAUUGAACAAGUCCCACUUUAGUGACUGCACUGUUGACCUGAAUGAAGCAGCAGGGAAUGAUGUAGUUAUCUUUACUGAAGAGGAUUGACGGAAUUUACACAACAGGCUUGAUUCCCAGACUUACAGUCUUUAACUUUAAAUACGAUUAGCUGAGCAACACAGAAAGGCGUCCUCACAGCUUUUCACGUUCGAACAUCUAAAACACACUGGAAAGGCAGUGAUCCAUGCCUCAGUUUCACAGUUUGACAUCUAUCCUCUAACCUUUUAAGCAACAGACAUCUAAUAUCUAAAACACGCUUCGCUUACGUGUUCGUUUUUUUCGUCGAAGUGUUUAAAAAGACAUACCAGCAAAACCUGUCAGCGCAGGAGGUCAAAGUCUGGACAUUUUUCCUACUGUAGCACCGAGAGAACUGUCUCUCUUUCACUAGUCCUAUAUCAGCGACACACACUUAUACACUGUACACUUUUUCAAAUGCAUUAUUUAAGCUAUUAACAUCAAACCAAAAAGUAUCCACCUGUCAAGGACUAGAACUCUCUAUGCUUUGAGCCAUGAAAAUCAUGUAGCUUCAAUUAUUUUUCUUCCACAACAACAACAACAACAAAAAAAGGAAUUAGUGGACUUGAACUACAUCUCCAAAAUGUACACUGACCUACUUUUGUGUGUUUAUGCAGCAAUGGAGAAAAAAAAUUCAGUCACAUCUUUUGUGUCAUCUGAAAAAAAAAAUGUUGAAUUUAUGUGACGGUGAGGUCGACGAAGACUCAAAAAUAUUUUAUGUUUGUGUGGAAGAGCUGCUUUACGUGUACACGAAUAAAUCUGAAGCUGCUCAGUAUUUAGAGAAAGAUGUCAUCCGACAUGCUUUAACAAAUAUUAUACACACAUAUACCACUUAAAAAGUAUUAGAGUUGUGUUUAUCCUAAACUACUAUGAGAGAGGGUGAGGCCGGAGAGCAGGAGUCGUCUUUAUGUUUCCUGUCGCUCAGAUUUUCCUCACGUGACUCUACCAUCGUCCCGACAGAUCUAUUUUCUUGUAAACAGAAAUGUUUGUUGAUCGUUGUCUGAUCCUGACAAAACAUAUUUUAAGAGGACUAUUUUGAAUAUAAAUGUUAUUUUCCUUUUUUUUUUUUCUAGGUACAAAUCAGCAAAGCCUGUUGUAGGAAUCUAAUUAAAUUUAAUUAUUAAAAAUGUGAAUUCCCCCUUUUUUUCCCCGGAGAAACAAGAGAGAGGACGUUCCUCUUUGUUUUUUCUGUUGUACAGACGUUAUUUUGAAGACAGCACCAAUGAACGCUUUGGGGGACAGAGAGUGCAAAGAGAGAAUAUAUUAUGAAAUCCAUGUGUCUUCUAUUUUAGAUAUUAUAUAUAGAAAACUAUAUCAAAAUUAUAAGAUAUUGAAGGUUUGUUGGAUUUUGCAGAGGGUUGAAAUAACUUUUUGAGAUGAAAUGCCCAGAUCACAUUUAAAAUCCACAUAUGUUGGCAUUUUCUAUGUCGGACGCAGAGGACAGACGUUUUCAGUGUUUCUAUUAGGUUUACAAACCAUGAUCGAUAAGUUUCCUUUGUGUAAAGAAAUUUGCAUCCGUCUGUUGCCAGUGCAAAAGCAGGAUUUUCGGGAGAGAUGUGCAAUUAGAUUACAGUUAUCUUCUCACUAGAUGGAUGGAUUCAUUACAAAAAUAUGACUGUCAAAAAAUGAUGCCGAGCGAUAAACGAAACAAGGAACACAUUCAAUUUUAUAGCCUGGAAUAAUCGGAUCCUAUUGAAUGGAUUUUGGAGGGAAGUAUUCCGAAAAUUUUAAUAACCACAAUCACUGUGGGCACAUUUUUCCCAACCCUCUGCUUAUUGUGCUGCACUGGCUCAUAGUUGCAAACCCUCAUAAGCGCAUGUGAGGCCUUCGCCGAUCAAUCUUGGGUAAAAAAAAAAAAUGGAUUGAUUCGCUCAAGACGGCGGUGAGGAGCAAAUACCUGAUUUAUUUACGACCCUCUUCCUGGGUUUUUUCCCCCCGGGGCUGUCGAGCCCUGAAAUGAACCAAAUAGAUGAUAUUUGCUUGCCCAGUAGAUUCAGUAAUAAUAUGUAGGAUUGUUUGGUAUGACUCACCCAUCGUGUAGCAGCACCUACAGCAGCAUCCCUAUGUGGACAUUAAGGACGACUGUUAAUAUUGUAAGGACCUUGAAAGCCUCAUGUAUAUCACUCACUCCUUCUCUCACUGCUGUUCAUACACUUGAAUGAAUAAUAAGUCAUAAAGGAGAUCCCUGCAUACGGAAGCCAGGGACUGCCAUGCUUGCAUUACCUUUAUUUUGUGUGAUCAUUUACUUCAUUAACUCGAGAAAACCUGUACUUGACCUUCCUCGGCUUCCGCUGUUACGGAAGCCUUGCCGUGCUAAUGGGCUAAUUCAAUUUGUUAUCCCGAGGAAAUUCCAGGUUGACCUUUCUCAGCUUCCGUAGGUAUGGAAGCCAAGAACGGCCAUGCUUGUCAGAUCAAGGAGUACCCAUUUAAAUAUCCGCACAUCAGACUGUAUUUCAGUCAAGGUUCAGUCAUGAUAGUGAUCUUCAUAGCUGAAAUCAGGUGUGAUCAAAUGAAACAGACGCUCGUUUUCGUGAAACAAGUCGCUCACUUGUUACAGAUUAUCUUGUUAUCUCGAGAAAUCUACGUUUUGUUUAUAGAGCUAAAUGAACCAUGAAAAAAAGCUUAGUUAUCUUAAAUCGUGAACAAGAGCUCUCAAGAUAACACCACUGAAAAAAAUAAUAAUAAUUGCGAGCAUGGCCGUUUUUGGCAUCCGUAGGAUCCCUGUUUGCACACAUUACGGUAUCUGACACAGAUUGCGCUUUAUGCUUCACUUUCUUGGAGAAGGACACAGCACCCACAGCCUGUUGACAGAGCUAGAGGAGUUUUACUGUGCCAGUUUCUAACAGUGGCUUUCUUCAGGAUCUUACUUCAGCUGACAGCUCUCCGCUCUCGAGGCGUGGCAGCAGCUUUACCAUGCAGACUUUCUGUCGGUGGUUCCGGUGUUAAAACUGUGAAACCGUGAAUGUCUCCUCCGUCUGCUGCUUCUCUCUGAUUCCUCUGAUAAGAGCUGCGUCACAUUGCACCAUGAAUGAGAAUGAUUACAUCCCUUGAAUGUAAGACGCAGCGACGCUCAUACUGGUGUACUUGCAUAUCUGAAAAAAACACCACUUUAAUGGAUAAAGGCUGUUGUUUUGGUAUUUUUCCUUUUUUUUAGCAGCCCUUAGCGCAAGAAAGUGUUGGGAACUUUAGCCAGCUAUCUCAGUUUGGACCACCACAGGCAUAAAAGAUCUGAUUAGGCCUAUUUGCUGACACAUGGGGUCUGAUUCCACCACAUUUGACCACAAUGAGUUAAAAACAAAUAGCUCUUCUAUGCCUGCGUGUGAGUAAAUGCAGCUCUAACGAAUGACUCGGCUCACCUGAGAGCAGCGGCAGUGUCAUGUACAUUAUCAGUGUUUCCUUCCACCUCUGUGACAGCAUGCAGGCCAUUUAUCCGGUGGCAGGAGAUCCAAGGCUCCAUCCGUAUGAUGUAGUGUUGAUAGAAAAGCUUUCCUUGCUCCAUAUUUCUGAGUAAACAGCAGGGCCGCGUGGCUCUGUCCUCCACUGGUCAGUAGUGUCUUAUGAUCUUGUUCAUAGUCUUAGUUCACUACUCAUGCAAAGUGUUACAGGGCCUUUUGACAGGAUUGAGCUGUUUGUUUGUUCUCGUUCUUUUUUCCUGUCAGGAGAGAAGUCUGUCGUCGACCCUCGAGUUUGUUUCGUGUGCCGGCAGCGGUGUUCACACAGAGACCAAUUUGUUGUAAUAUUAGUAGUGACGCUACUGUUAAAUGUAGUAUUUAAUGACAGCACUAUUUAUGGUCAAAAAAAAUGAACUAGAGUGUGUUAUUGUACUUGCGGUAGCUUUGGAGGCAGGUGGCCAUUCUGUAUCUUGAGUUCUAUAACAUAAGCCACUCCCCCCUCGGCAUGCGAGGGAUUUCAUUGGUCCUGAGGUUGCUAAGUGACACUGGCCCAGCAUCAUUUGGUUUCCUCGGUGGUGACGACUGCAUGGUCUCAUGGUUGACACACCCUUUUUCUUCUUCUUCUUCUACUUCUUCUUCUGCUUCUCUUUCUUUUUUCUAAAGGAGAGUUCUUGAUUUUUUUGGUUGUUUUUUUUUUUUUGUCCAUUCAUUUCAUUUUAGAUUUUAGAAAGGGAAAGAAUAUGAAUCAAAUAAAUCAGAAUAUUAAUUCAAUCACUUUUUCUACUCCUAUUUUCAAUAAAAAGUGAAACGAAAAAACCAAACAAAAAGUUGAUUUGUAAAUAAGUGAUGUACAGUUUGUAUCUGUAACUUGUCAGUCUGUCAUUGGUGACAGAGUCUGUCUUGCUUAUAACGCACGCUACCAGUAAAUAAAAAAAGGAAAAAGUAUAUUUAGACUGUAUGGUCCCUUGAAAGCAAGUUUUAAAUUAAUAUCUGAUGUAUAUUCCUGUAACAUUGCAUUUUUAUCUGAGGAAUGAUGUUAUUAAAAAAUUGCAAAUAAAUUGCAUUUCCUACA